AUGAGUAUUUUCCCCCAAGUGUAUGCUUCUGUCAUCGCCACCCUAGGCGCUUUAGCAAUGGGAAUCAUUAUUGGAUGGUCUUCGCCCGCUGAGGAGAUGUUGGAGAAAGGAAAGUUCGAUUUGCCUUUUAAGGUUACCGUCUCGGAUACACAAUUGUACGGGUCUAUGUUUGGUGUUGGUGCCGCUUUUGGAGCGUUGCCAGCAGGUUAUAUCGGCAAAUUAUUGGGGCGCUGUCUGAGCAUGGCGGUAUUUGAAAUGUUCCUGGUCUUUGGCUGGAUUUGCCUGACCUUUCCAAAAGGGGUGUGGAUGUUGAUCGCCGGUCGUGUACUGCUGGGUAUCGGAGUUGGAGCCCUGUGCGCUGUUAUACCGUCGUAUGUCGGCGAAAUAUCUCAACCCCACGUCAGAGGUUCUUUGGGUUCGAUGUUUCAAGUGUUGGUAGUCACGGGUAUACUGUAUUCAUACUCGUUAGGCGCGGUACUUAAGUACCAGCUUUUCAACUUUUCCUGCGGGAUAUGGUCGGUAAUUCACAUGAUCGGCGUAGCUUUCAUACCGGAGUCCCCUUACUAUUACCUAAAUAAGAACAAAGUCGAAAAGGCAGAACAGUCUUUGAAGAGACUGCGAAGUGCAAACGAAAACACGUCCGUCGAACUGGUCGAAUUGAAAAAAAUCAUCGAUGAACACAAUGCGGUGAAGCACAGUUUCUUACAAGUUAUGUCAAACAAAGCAAACCGGAAAGCUUUGCUCAUCGGAAUGGGCUGCAUGUUCUUCCAACAGUGCAGCGGUGUCAACAUGGUGGUGUUUUAUAUGAAAGAUAUAUUCGAUUCGACCGGAAGCAAGAUCAGUUCAAACACAUCGUCUAUUAUUGUUGGAUUCGUUCAGCUCUUUAUGACGCUUGUUACAAUGGCGAUAGCAGACAAAGUAGGACGUCGGAUUUUGUUGAUCGGUUCGGGCUUGUUAAUGGGCUUUAGUUAUCUUGUCAUGGCCCUCUAUUACAAGGUUUACCAGAAUAGCGCCUCAGCGGUCGCCAAUUAUCACUGGGUGCCUCUGGUAGCGAUUGCCUUGUACGUUUCGGCAUUCUCUUUGGGCUUCGGUCCUAUACCUUGGGUGGUCAUGGGUGAAAUUUUCUCCAACGAAGUGAAACCGUACGGUACUAGCAUUGCAACUUUCACCAACUGGUUUUUAGUUUUCUGCGUCACAUACAUGUCGCACGAGCUAAAGAAAUGGGUUGGUAAUGCCGGCACGUUCUUUACGUUCAGUAUGUUUUGUUUUGCUGGUGCUCUGUUUGCGAUACUAAUGGUACCAGAAACCAAAAGUCGGACUCUGGCUGAAAUCCAGGCACAACUGACCGGUGACACGUAA